UGACAACCCACCCGAGUUCAGCCUCCCGUCUUACAUCGUCAACAUACAUGAGAAUAUCGUUGCAGGAGCGACAGUAUUGUUUGUGAACGCCACAGACCUGGACGCGUCUCGGGAGUUUGGUCAGGUCUCUCUCAUCUAUUCCCUGCAGGGCAGCUCACAGUUCAGACUCAACACUCGCUCAGGAGAGAUCACCACCACAGCUCUUCUGGAUCGAGAGAUGAAGUCUGAGUACAUUCUGAUCGUAAGAGCCGUUGAUGGAGGGGUGGGACCACAGCAGAAAACCGGCAUCGCUACGGUGAACAUCACUAUUCUGGACAUAAAUGAUAACGCCCCCAUGUGGCGAGAUGAGCCGUAUCAAGCGAAUGUUGUGGAGAUGAGUCCCAUCGAUACUGACGUUAUUACUGUAUUAGCGGUGGACCCUGAUUAUGGUGAUAAUGGGAUGGUGGUCUACUCUAUAAAUCCAGGGAACCCCUUUUACACCAUCAACCGCAACACCGGGAAGAUCCGCACCAGUGGGGCGGUGCUGGACAGAGAGAGUCAGAACGCCCGCUCCGCACAGCUUAUGAGGACCAUCAUUGUCUCUGCUACCGACCUUGGGACACCUCCACUGCGCUCUUCAGCCAGCGCUACAGUGUAUGUGAACCUCCUGGACCUCAACGAUAAUGAUCCUGCCUUUAUCAACCUCCCAUUUGUCGCUGAAGUACCAGAGGGGCUUCCCAUUGGAUCAUCUGUGUUCAGGGUGCAGGUGCAGGACCCUGAUGAAGGUGAAAAUGGUGCGGUAACCAUGGCACUUCAGAUGGGGAUGCCACGGCUGGACUUUAGGCUCAACACCACCACAGGGGUCCUGGUUUCCACCGCAGUGCUGGACCGCGAGCAGAUCGGCCAGUAUUAUCUGAGGAUUAUUGCGUAUGAUGCAGACCAGUUUCCUCGAACGUCCACGAGUACUCUCACUAUCACAGUUUUGGACAUGAAUGAUGAGACGCCAACCUUCUUCCCCAGCAUGUAUAACGUAUCGUUGGAUGAAAACGUGCCCCGUGACUAUGUGGUGGUCAGACUGAACUGCACGGAUAAUGAUGCGGGUCUUAACUCAGAGCUCAGCUAUUUUAUCACAGCUGGGAACCAAGAUGGAAAGUUUAGUGUGGGUUUCCGGACCGGAAUAGUACGGACUGUGGUGGGUCUGGACCGCGAGACUCAGGCCUUGUACAGGCUAGUGAUCGAAGCGAUUGAUAAUGGUCCAGCGGGAAGUCGGAGGACAGGAACAGCUACAGUAUAUGUGGAGGUGCUGGACGUCAAUGACAACAGGCCUAUAUUCCUCCAGAACAGCUAUGAGACCAGCGUCCUGGAGAACAUACCCAGAGGGACUAGUAUAUUACAGGUUCAGGCCACAGAUGCAGAUCAGGGGGAGAAUGGAAGAGUUCUGUACAGGAUUCUCUCUGGCAACAAUGGUCAGUUUAAUGUGGACAGUCUGUCUGGACUCAUCAGCAGAGGAACUGCGGCUCUGAACCGAGAGACGCGUAGCUCUCAUGUGCUGGAGGUGGAGGCCUAUAACAGUGACCAGGGCAGCAUGCGCAGUUCUGUUAGGGUGAUUGUGUAUGUGGAGGACGUGAAUGACGAGUCUCCAGUCUUCACUCAGUCGCAGUACAAUCGCCUGGGGCUCAGAGAGACUGCUGGGAUCGGUACAUCCGUGGUAGUGGUCCGAGCUACAGACCCCGACACAGACUAG